CAUUGUCUCGCUCGCAGGAAAUUGUCACCAUCGUGGUGUUCGGGGUUGAAUACUUCGUGAGGAUCUGGGCGGCUGGCUGCUGCUGCCGAUACCGGGGCUGGAGGGGAAGGUUAAAAUUUGCCCGCAAGCCUUUCUGCGUCAUCGACAUCAUGGUGCUGAUCGCGUCCAUCGCCGUGCUGGCGGCAGGGUCCCAAGGGAAUGUCUUUGCCACCUCAGCACUCAGGAGUUUGAGGUUCCUGCAGAUCCUGCGAAUGAUCCGCAUGGACCGGCGGGGUGGCACCUGGAAGCUGCUGGGCUCUGUGGUCUACGCACACAGUAAGGAGCUGAUUACUGCCUGGUAUAUUGGCUUCCUGUGCCUCAUCCUGGCCUCCUUCCUGGUAUACUUGGCCGAGAAAGGAGAAAAUGAGCACUUUGAUACAUACGCAGAUGCACUCUGGUGGGGUCUGAUUACCCUCACCACCAUCGGCUAUGGGGACAAGUACCCGCAGACCUGGAAUGGGCGGCUGCUGGCGGCAACGUUCACUCUCAUCGGCGUCUCCUUCUUCGCCCUUCCUGCCGGCAUCUUGGGUUCGGGGUUUGCCCUGAAGGUUCAAGAGCAGCAUCGACAGAAACACUUUGAGAAGAGGCGAAACCCAGCAGCGGGCCUGAUUCAGGCGGCUUGGAGGUUUUAUGCCACCAACCUGUCCCGGACGGACCUGCACUCCACCUGGCAGUACUACGAGCGCACCGUCACCGUCCCCAUGUACAGCACGCAAACGCAAACGUACGGUGCCUCCAGACUCAUCCCUCCUCUGAACCAGCUGGAGCUCCUGAGGAACCUGAAGAGCAAAUCGGGACUGACAUUCAGGAAAGAGCAGCAGCCCGAACCAUCGCCAAGUAAAAGCAAACCGUGCAGAGAGUCACUAUGCGGAUGCUGCUCAGGAAACUCUAGUCAGAAGGUCAGUUUGAAAGAUCGUGUCUUCUCCAGUCCCCGCGGUGCUGGCACCAAAGGGAAAGGCUCUCCACAGGCUCAGGGCAUCCGGAGGUCCCCCAGCGCUGACCAGAGCAUCGAGGACAGCCCGAGCAAAGUGCCCAAGAGCUGGAGCUUUGGAGACCGCAGCCGAGCCCGGCAAGCUUUCCGCAUCAAGGGAGCGGCAUCGCGGCAAAACUCCGAAGAAGCAAGCCUCCCCGGAGAAGACAUUCCUGAUGAGAACAAAAGCUGCAACUGUGAGUUUGUGACGGAAGAUUUGACACCAGGACUGAAAGUCAGCAUCAGGGCAGUGUGCAUUAUGAGAUUUCUCGUCUCCAAGCGCAAGUUUAAGGAAAGCCUUCGGCCCUACGACGUGAUGGAUGUCAUUGAGCAGUACUCAGCUGGUCACCUGGACAUGCUUUCCCGGAUUAAAAACCUCCAGGCCAGAGUUGACCAGAUCGUUGGGAGAGGAUCCUCCAUGACUGACAAGGAUCGGACCAAAGGGCCAGCGGAGGGGGAGCUGCCUGAAGACCCCAGCAUGAUGGGCAGGCUUGGAAAAGUUGAAAAACAGGUUCAGUCGAUGGAGAAGAAGCUGGACUUCCUGGUGAACAUUUACAUGCAGCGGAUGGGCAUCCCACCAACGGAGACAGAGGCUUAUUUUGGGUCCAAAGAACCAGACCCAGCACCUCCCUACCACAGCCCCGAAGACAGUAGGGAGCACAUUGACAAGAAUGGCUGCAUCAUCAAGAUCAUCAGGUCCACCAGCUCCAUGGGUCAGAAGAACUUCUCUGCCCCGCCAGCCCCGACCAACACAUGCCCACCCUCAACGUCAUGCCAGCAGCAGGUCUACCAGCGGCAAAGCCAUGGGUCCUCGCCUGUUGGAGACCCUGGCUCGCUAGUCCGCAUCCCACCUCCACCCUCCCACGAGCGUUCCUUGUCAGCAUACAGCGGCGGGCACAGGGCGAGCGCAGAGUACCUGAGGAACGAAGACAUUACAACCAAACACCAUGAGAGCGCCAUGAGAGACAGCGACACGUCCAUCUCCAUCCCCUCGGUAGACCACGAGGAACUGGAGCGCUCUUUCAGCGGCUUUAGCAUCUCCCAGUCCAAAGAGAAUUUGGACAUCCUUAACAACGGUUGCUAUGCAGCCGUGGCCAAAAUCAGACCUUACAUUGCAGAAGGGGAAUCAGACACCGAUUCUGACCUCUGCACGCCCUGCGGUCCUCCUCCCAGGUCGGCCACGGGCGAGGGACCUUUCAGUGACAUGGGCUGGUCAGCCCCCAGGCAGUGA